AUGGCGGCGGCGAUGGCAUACGGCAAAGAUGCUGCGACCGGCGCCGUGCCUGGACAGCCGGCGAGGAAGAAGCUGAAGACGAGUGACUUGCCCCUUGCCAGCGCGACAAGGGCGGCGAUUGAAGGGCUGGCGCAUACGUUUAAGAAGAAGGGUGGCUACGACAGCUUGAGAAAGCAGGUGUGGGAGGAUUUGGAGGGCAGCGACUUCGAAUCGGAAUUCACGCAGUCCCUGCUCACUGUUGCGGAAGAAGAGCUCGAGAAGAACACGGGGACACUUUUGAAACUCGAUCGUGGGAAGGCUACGCUCCUGAUUGAGGGUGCCGUUGAUCGAGCGGGUGUGUAUCAGAGUGCGGAGCAGAGGAUUGAUAGCUUGAUCGAUGCGCACAUUGAGGAGAUUGAGACGGGGAUUAGGGCUUUGAGGAGAGAGGAUAUUGGGGAAGAGGUUGCGAAGGCGGAAGAACUUAAGGGAGGCAAGACAGAUGAACAGUAUGCGGAAGAUGCCAGAGGGAAGAGAGAGGCCAGGGAGGCGGCGAGGCAGGAGGCUAGAGACAGAGAGAGGGCCAUCGCGGACGAAAAGAAGAGGGUAGAGAGGGCGAAGAGGCGGGAGGAAGAUAAGAGGAUUGAGGCCGAGCAGGAGAAGCGGAGAGCUGAGAGAGAUGCCAGGAGGAAAGCUGAGAGGGAGCGGGAGGAGGAGAAGGAACGAGAGUUGAGAGACCGCGAGCGUGAACGGGAUAGAGAGCGAGACCAUGGUCGAGACAGAGAUAGGGAGAGAGACCGGGACCGCGAUGAUCGACACCGACGGUACGACGAUGGCCCAAGUCGCAGAGAUUCCACCAGGGAUUCGACUCGGGAUGAUACCAAGGACUCAACCUCAAAGACUGAGACAGAGUUAUCCAAGGAUGAGAUUGAGCGGCUUGAACAAGAAGCUCUCAAUGACCUGUUGAAGGAAGGCAAGCGUAUCACCCAACGAUCAAGACAUCAAUUAGAGCCCGAUAUUGACGAGACUCUUGCUCCACCACCCCGAAAGGCUGGGCCAACUUCCGCUAUCCAGCCAAUAUCUCGAGAUUCGCCCAGCAAGUCAGAUGCCAACAAGCCUACUAUUCCAACCAAGCCCAAAGCAGACGAUUCUGGCUUCAAGACACCACUUGCACCUGCCAAAUAUGCCGAUGAAGAGAAAUUGCAGAGAAGCGAGAGGCGACGAAGCAGGAGCCGUGAACGAGGCUCAAGCCAUAGUCGCCAUCAUAGCAGGGACCGAGAAUCAUUGCGAUCCCGGAGAGAUAGUCGAGAACGAGACAGAGACAAGGACAAGGACAGGGACGCUCGUCGAAGAGAGAGCCGAGAUCGCGAUGAUCGGCGGCGUCAUGAUUCUCGGGAUCGAGAUUAUAAGCGUCGUAGAGAUAGUAGAGAACGGGAUGACAGGCGUCGGCGCUCAAGCAAAGACCGGUCUCGUUCCCGUUCUCGAGAUAGACGGAGAACGAGCUAUCGCUCACGCAGCCGCAGUCGAGAGAGGCGAGACCGUGCCCGUAGUCGCGAUCGGGUACGUGCUCCAAGUCCUCCUCCCAGAGACUCCGAGCUCGAAUCAUGGAAGUUAGCUGAAGCCAAGAAGCGUGAACAGGAAGCCAAAGCCUAUCUCGCGGCCCAGAAAGAGGCGAGGGAGAAGGGUCUCCCGAUCCCUGGAUGGACGGAUCGAAAGCCGGAAGAUGGUUCGAGACGAAAGGACGAUGAACGAAUCAGUAGUCCUACUUCGGCCAGAAAACGAGAUGGGUCUCGUGAUAGAGAUAGAGAUCGUGAGAGAAUUUCCCGAGCGAGAAGCAGAUCAAGAACUCCGACAGGUAGGCGUGGCAGUCGUAUCGAGAGAUCUACAAGUCCUAUCAAUAUCGAUCGCUACGUACCUGGUGCUUCGGGCAGCAGAAGCAGUCGUAGGGAAAGCACGACCAUUAGAAGUCCAACCCGCAAGCGGGACAGGAGCCGCAGCAGAAACCGCGAUCGGGAUCGAGAUAGAGAUAAGGACCGAGAGCCUCGACGUUCUCGGGAUGAGGAGAAGACUCGUCGUAGGAGUCGGUCUCGCAGCCGGAGUCGUAGAAGGGAUAGGGAGAGGACGAAGGCUCGGAGUAGAAGUCGCAGUCCGUAUGUGAGACGGGAGAGAGAUUCAAGGAGAGAGCGCAGUAGAAGUCGGGAUAGGGAGAGGGAGAGGGAGAGGGAUAGGGAGAGGAGACGCGAGAGGAGUAGGAGCCGGGAGAGGGACCGGGAUAGGAAGAGGAGUCGGAGCCGGGGCAGUAGACGGGAGUCUAGGAGGGAAUGA